AUGGCGAGCAUCAGUUGCUGUUGCUCAUCUGCACUUUCUUCCCGAAGCAAUUUGGGGACACUGUCACUGAGAUUCAAUCGCGUCAACACAACACGACCUUUGCGUAGAAGUUUAAGAAUCAACGCUGAAAUUGAUUAUAUAAACGCGGAAGAAGCAAAGAGACUUGUAGCAGAAGAAGGCUACUCCAUUGUUGAUGUUCGUGAUAGAAUUCAAUUCGAAAGAGCUCACAUAAAAUCAUGCAACCAUGUUCCACUUUUCAUUGAAAACAAGGACAAUGAUCCUGGAACUAUAAUCUAUAGACAAUUACAUAACAACUUCUCGGGUUUGUUUUACGGGUUACCAUUUACUAAGCCUAAUCCAGAAUUCGUGGAGUCAGUGAAGAGUCAGUUUUCACCUGACAGUAAAAUUCUAAUUGUUUGCCAGGAAGGACUACGAUCUUCUGGUGCUGCAAAUAAAUUGGAAGAGGCUGGAUUUAAGAAUAUAGCAUGUAUAACAUCGGGACUCCAAUCUGUAAAACCAGGAAUGUUUGAUGUUGUUGGGUCUACGGAGCUAAAAGACGCGGGCAAGGGCGGUUUGGUCCAAGUACAAGGAAAAAUCUCGGCUGUUCUUGGAACCGUACUCAUCUGUGCAUAUCUUUUCAUAAUGUUCUUUCCGGAUCAAGCGGAGAAGAUCAUUGCAUUGGUUCCUUCGAGUUAAGAAAGGGUAUGAAUUAUGUUGAGAUGAAAAGUUUUGUACAUGUGUUAAUGUGUUGUGAUUUGAAUUUGUUAAUUUUAUUUGAUAAUUUGAGUGAAGUAAGAUUGUUGACAACAUAGAUGAUAGAUCAUAUGAUCUUGUGAUUGUGGUGAUAGACUUGUAGAGUUUUAGCUCUAGUUGAUUAUUGAUGUAAUAGCGAGCAUGUUAAUCACAUCAAUUAUAAUUUGAUUAAACUUAAAUAAAAAUAUAAUGUAAUUGGCAUGAUUAUGAUAAUAUGUGCGUGUG